UGAUACGUACACCGGAAAGAUGUACUUCCAGUUAAAAGAGAUUUUCUUGAUAAAACCAGGAAAAACCAAAAAUCCGGUUUGCAGUAAAAUCGAUGAAAGUUAUUUGCAAAAAGACUCUUUUUCCACCAAAGAAGCAGUUAAAAACCCAAACUCAGCAUUUUCAAAAAACACUUCCCUUCCGAGCGGUGUCGAAACCUCGUAAUUUUUGUCCCACGCUAUCGAAAAAGUCGUUAUUAAGUAUAUCUAGUUCCAGAGAACUCAAACAACACAUUCUCAGAGCGUAGUGCUAUAAUGUUUUCUUUCUCAAUAGUGUGAAACUGGGAAAUAGAUUUCUCAGUGGUAGUGAAGGCUGUCAAGCUAUAGCAGAUACGGGUACAAGUCUUAUUAUUGGUUAUACAGGAUUUGUGAAUGCCAUACAUAAAGCAAUUGGUGCUAAAUAUUCAUCAGCGGUGGGCAGUUAUGUUGUGCCGUGUUCAAAAGUACCAGCACUACCAAGUUUAACGUUUACAGUGAGUGGUCGACCAUUGAGCCUAUUAGCAUCACACUAUAUUUAUAAAGCUAUCUCAUCAAAAAAAGUAACAUAUUGUAUCAGUAGUCUAAGUGGAGACGAUUCAAAUCAAGAUGAAGAUGGGAAUAUUCUAUGGACCUUAGGUAUGUAUAAUUGA